AUCCAGCUCAGACUGCUAGGAAACACCCAGUCCAGAAGAUACCUUCAAUUUCUGUAACAAACCAAUCAGCCAGGACAAUCACCAUGCGCGCAGUCCACUGGCUCUUCAUGGCUUUUGCCACCGCCAUCAUGGCAGCACCCGUUGAGCAAGCCCAGAGCAGCGAGAACAACGAGAAGAUCUACAACUGGAUCAAGAGGGAUGAGGAUGUUGCCGACAGCGAGAAGAUCUACAACUGGAUCAGACGUGACGAAAAUGCUGCAGACAGCGAGAAAAUUUAUAACUGGAUUAAACGAGACGAAAAUAGUGAGAAGAUCUACAACUGGAUCAAGCGCGAAGCUAAUGCUGGCGAACACUCCGGUCACGGUCACUAAUCGCGCAGAAAGCUCUGCCUUGGCUUAAGGGUAACAUUUGGUGGCGCACGGCGAGUAAGCGAUAUUCUUGGGGGCAAGGAUCCUUAGGCUCGAGCUGAGAGUUUCCUAGUGGAGUUGAAUAAUCUUUCGGGGAAUUGCAAUUAUACUUGCAGCUACUGGUACUUUGACGAUCUGUUAUUUUACGUGUGAGGAAGGUAGAAUGGAUCUGACGUUGACUAUGA